UGAAGAUCACCAACCAUCGCGCCAUCCCAACACUAACUUACGUGCAUGGCAGUAAUCAAAUUCAGGAACGGGGCAGACGUUCCUUGCAGGUUCGGUAUAACUGCUGAGCUAAGGACAAGGGAACACAAUAUGGGAAUUCCUGCGAACCCCAACCCGCAGUACCUACACCGGAGUACACCCUGUCCUGGCACGCAAAAACCGGUUUCUGGUACCGCUGUACAACACGAUCGAUCUGGGAAACCAAGGUUUGGCUUCCGCCGACCAGGGGUUAUAGAAAACAAUGCCUCGCCUGCAAGCCCAAAUCCAUACCUGCCAACGCACUGCAAUGUUCCAGGAGCGAGCGAGGCCGAGGAAUGGGAUGUGAAACCUCGGGCUGAGAAUAACACGGAAAUCGUACAUGAUAUGUGGGCUGUCAUCAUUCCGUUAGCAAUCGUUGCAGCAUGGCUGGGCAGAGCAGUGGCCGAGGUGCCCUUGAAUUCAAACUCAUCUGAGGGAAACAUAGCAGGUUCGGCUGCUAGUACCUUGAGUACAGAUUCUGGUUGCGUUUCAGUGGUGCAAGUCACGAAAACAUCGGCACUGAGCACCGUGACGACAACUUUGACGGUUGCCAGUCCCUUCCCGUCAACGAAGACAAAUCUCACAAGACAUGGCACUACGACGCUUCAGACAUCACCUGCAAGUCUACGACGAGCUUCCCAUGGCAUAUCUGCUAACUCGACCAAGACCUUGGUCUGCUUGUCGGGCACCGCCUACUCGGGUCCAUGUACUUGCCUCAGCAUAUCUCGCUCGACGGUGCUUGUGACGGCAGACAUUACGACUUUCACUUUGACCACGACGGCGGCAGCGAACGGGACGAGAGCGCCUUCUUAUCCAGCUAACCGGACGCUUGCUAUGGGAGCAAGUAGCAGCCCGACAUCCCUCAGCUCCAGUAUAACUCGCUUCUCAGCAGUAGACCAAAAGACCACAACGCCUGAGACGCAUACACCGGCACCGGCCUUCUCCAGCAGCACCUCAGCUCCUUCAUCCAUCGGCUUUGAAACGUCCUUCCGUCGAAUCAUGGACGGAUUCCCGGCAAUGACGCCAGCCUUCAGCAAUACAACCAUGGAGUCACUCCGUCCGAGUAAGAGCCCAGUGGUUUACGUGCUAAAUGCCACGACACUGGUCACUGUGACAACACCGGUCCGGGGAAGCACUUCAGUUCCCGCGUCCUUACCCAAGGACACCACCACCAGCGGGCGGUAUCUCAACUCCGCCGCCCAAUACACCAACACAUCGAGUCUGACCGUCACCCCGCUUGCCAGAAACUCGACGACGGUUAAGCUACCACCGUUCGGUAAUCUCACCACAACACCACCCGCCAACCACUCAGCCACAGCCCAUGCCAACCCGCAAACCACUCUCCCCGCUUGGCUGCUCAAGAGCACACUACCCACCUACCACCACCCGACAGCAACCCUCACCCACAACCGCUGGCUGAACCUCAGCUCGCUCCCAGCCAUAAACACAACCGGAACAGCAAGAUGGUUCAACACCUCCCGCUACCUCAACACCUCCACGCCCUUGACCACCCCCACCCCCACCUCAACCUCAACCUCAACCCCACCCCCAACAUUCACCUCACCAACAGCCGCAUGCGACCCAUCCAACCCAGGCUUCUCCAUACGCAUCUCCCAACAAAACGGACCCUUCCACAACUGGUACCUCCGCACCAGCGGACGGGGUCUGCUCUUCACCAGCCAGCGUUCCGGAGCAAGCUCCUUCAGCGUCGGGCCCGCGGGGCAUCUGUGCGUGGCGAACGACGAGCGGUUUCUUGACCAGCACGGCAUGCCCUAUGUCGCGGCUCUGGGGAUCAAGGAGGCAGUUGAGGGUGGGGCAGGGGGGGCAGGGGGGAGUAGUGUCUGGUUUGUGGCGGCGGGGGCGGUGGGCAAAGGGGGUUCGUUGGAGGGAUAUUACACGCCGUUGGAGUGUGCUGUUGGGGGUGGUAACGGGGAUGGAGAUGAGGGUGGUGGUGGUGGUGGUGGUAGGGGGAGGUUGAGCUGUCAUGGGAGGAGUGAUGAUGGUGACGGUGGUGGUGAUGGGGUUGAUGAGGAGCAGGUGAGGUAUUGGCUUGGCUGUGGGAUGCAGUUGGACAUGUCGAGGGAUGGGAGCGCGGUUGUGCCGGUCAGGGGGCUGAAUUGCUCUUCGGUGGCGUUGGAGGUUUUGGAGGGUUGAUUCUGCCAGGAGGGAAGUCUCAGGGGAUGUGAUGAUGGGCGCCCCAAAGAAGGGCGACACUGUUUGGUUCGUUGUUAGCAUCCCUAUUACUUGGCCAGUUUUGUAGACAUUGGCCUUACAAUGUCAAUUAACGCGUGGGCAAGCAUAGAAGCUCUAAUUAGCGGUGUCCCCGG